GCCGUGAGAAAACUGCUCCAAAUACCUGGUACAUGUAUAACAGUAAUGCAGGAGAACUAGGGCUUUGUGCCUCUUGAAUUUUGUAGCUGCAAAAGCCUAAUCAAGGUGAACACAACCACCCGAAUGAAAAGAAAUACAGGAGUGGAUGUGAAUAUGUCGGACAAUGCGGGUUGGACUGCCCUCCAUGAAGCAGCCAACCAUGGACAUGUACAGUGUGUGAGGGAACUGCUCACAUUCCCCAACACCAUACAGGGGGCCUUCAACAGAGGUACCUUAAAGAAAUUGGACCUUUUGGCAUGUAACACGGAAGGAAUCACACCUCUCCAUGAUGCUGUCCUAAAUAACCGUGUUGAAUGUUGUCACCUCCUGCUCAAACACGGUGGACCCCGCCUACUGGAGGCCCGCACAUGUCUCAAUUACACGCCCUUGGAUUUAGCUGAGUCUCAAGAAAUGGUUGACCUGUUGUCUUCCUUUGUCACUACAAGGCGGCACCUAUCUGAGAGUCAGGGGUCAUUUUCACCAUCACAGGGGUCCAGCCAGUCUUCAGAGGAGAGUCUGGGUGAGUGUCCGGCAGAUGACCACUAUGACCAGCUAUUGCAUGUAGACGGACACAGACUAUAUACUGACACUGACCAGCUCCACAUCUACAUCCAUCUUGUGUUCACACUUACUUACAAGUACAUGCUCACAGACCCCACCCUUAAAAACAUACUGCAAGCCAAUCGGAGCUUUGAGUCUAAAUCCAUGUGUCAGAAAUGUGCUUCAUUAGCUACCAAGGAUGAAUUGAGCAUUCAGAAUGAGUUUACAUCUGGAACUGUUACCUGUAACCAGUCAGAUGUCACAGAUUCUAAACUGACUGGUUUAAAAAAUAGUUCCAAAACCAUUCAGUGUUCUGAGUGCCAGAGGAAGCAUUUGAAAUUGGUAUUGAAACAAACUGGUUACCAUGAAAUGUGUUCAGGGGAGACUAAUAGAUGCGUGAGAAGGGAAGUUGGUGUAGUGUUAAAUAUUGACAGAUACAUUGAGUCCUUUGAGAAGCAUUUAUUGAAAAUAUGUAAACCAGGUUCAGAAGAUUCAAUAAAGGAGAAGUUAAAGUUGUUCGCUGUGAUAUGAGAAUAUAUCUGUACAUUUUUUCUUGUUGAUUGUUACUGUUAAGAUGUUUAUGAAAUGUGUGCAAUCAUGUGAUUGGCUUUCACAGUUUAUUACAAGUGGUACAUUGUAGUUCCAUUUUAGAAUGUCCUAUAUAAAUCUAAUAUCAAUUCUCCUUCAAGAUUUUCCUGUACUUUCUUCAUAUUUUUUUUAUCAUAAUCUGUAUACUGCUAUGCUACUGGCUAUGACAAAGUACGGUGAAGGUGCCCCAGCUGUUACUUAAGCCAAUAAUAAUAAUAGCUAACUAAAACUUCUCAAAGAUUUAUAAGUUGUAAGUAAAAUUACGGGGACUUUUAUGGAACCCUAUUAUAUGUCCCUCAUCUCAUUCACAAACUUUAUACACAACAACAGAGUUGAAGGUAAUACAUUUAUUAUUAUUAUAUUUAUUUAACAACAACAAAUCCAAUAUUAAAAUACUGAUCUUGACAUUCAAAUACCAAACAUUUGAUCGAAUAUUCGUUUAAAUCCCUAGUUAAUACACAGCAGAGCCUAGCAGUUGUGUGAUAAUUGGCCCGAGUGGCCCGAGAUGUAGUCUAGGGACAUUAUGCGCACGAGGGACAUAUAUUACGCUGCAGUCCGAAUCUGCCAUGUUUUAAAAUCUUUAAUACAGGUGUUUCUUCUUUCUUAGUCUACUAUAUCUUUAUACCAGUUUCCCUCCGCUCAUGGUGUAUUCCUAUCACCUGCUUUUAUGAAGAUGAGUAAACAUAUUUUGGGGUAAUAAUGAGACACUUGAGCCAAAUAUAAUGCAACAGCCAAACAUGUAUUACUAUAUAAAUGUUAUAUAUAGCUGUAUAUGCUGUAAGUGUCUUCAUAGCGAACAUAAACUUGUAUAUUUGCCUUCAGCAAUUGGUCAAUGCUUUAUACAUGUAAUUAUGCUCGAGUGACAAAGCAGCUGUAUAACAUAACAUUUUUUUAAAGGCAUGUUUUUGCUGAUAUUGCCAAUAAAAUGAAACUGUAAAGAGGUAAAUGUUUUAAAUACAGUAUGCAUGUAUUGCCAAAAAUUAUAUCAUUGUUACUUUAGUUUCUCUGGCAUUGUUGCUUUCGUUUUUUAAACCCUGCUUAUGUGUUGUUGUUUUUUCGUUUUUAAAGCCAGAAAAAAUUGUUUUCAAUGAAAUGCUGAUUUGAAACACUGAUUAUGGAUUAUUCUUUUCAUUUAGGUUCCUUGAAAACUUGACAACAUUUGUCCUUAUUUAGUAAAAUAUAUGUUCAGAGUAUACUUCACCAUAUUGGAAAUGCUUGAACUACUUUAUUUGACCAAAAAAUCCUCCCCGUUCUCUCUCUUCACUUUUUAUUGUGAACCUACAGCUGAAAUUGCCUUGUUCCGUUAUUGAUUCAGUUUUGGGAUAAUGAUGGCAAUCAGUUCUAUUAUAUUUGGUUCAAGUAUUGUUAAUCAUAAUUAUUACCAUCAAUUUAUAGGUAAGUUAUCAUGUUGUGAUAAAAAUACAUCUGUUUAUGAAUACAUCGGGCUUUUUAGUCCACAGUUGUCUUGGAUAUAACCUAAAUAUAUGUCGGCAACUCUAGCUCAUUUCAUUUUGAAUUUGAGAAUUUUGCCAUUAAACAUUAUCAAAAAACCUGGUUAUAUUCCAACAGGAGAAUAGUAUAACAUAUUUGACACUAAGAUUAAACCUAUAUGAUGUAACAGGUCCCAGAUAUGGGGGUUAUGAUUUCUGCCCCUACCCUUGAAUACCGGUAUGUACAAAAAAAAAAUUGCAUAAACAAUGUAGACAUGUAUGAUUCUUGGAGAGUCUGGAAGACUGGCAUUCCUUGUACCUUAUUUUUAUAAUUGCAUGAGAUAUUUUGGUAAAUUGUUACAACUGCCCAAUACCAGGUAUCCUAAGUAGUGAUAAUUAAUACUUCACUUAGACAAAAGUUUGACAAAAUUGUUGGGUUACAAAUGUUAAGAAUUUACUAUUUUCGUAUGGCUUUAUAUAUAUACAGGAACUGACUGGAGUUGCCAUUUAAUCCAAAUUUUAUUAAAUGAUUCCAAGAAAUUUGUUAGUAAGUGAGCCUUAAGUCUUUUUUACACAUGUGUAAGAUAAACAUUUUCAUAAUGCGUAUAUUACAUGGAAAAAAAAGGUUAAGCAUGUUUGAAUGGAUAUUUCAAGACAGUUAUGAUGAAAAUAUAUAUCAUAAUAUUUUUAAACAGUACUUAUUGAUUGUUUUAAUCAGAUUUUGUACAAAUCUAUAAACGUUUCAAGUUGAUGUUUUUCAUUAUUAAUAUUUUUUAAGACAUUGUUAAAUUUUGAGCUAUAUAAUCUAUUAGAAAUGCCCUUUAAACAUAAGAGAGAAUUCUGGUAAUGUUGAUGUUCAAAAAAUAAAAUUUAAUAAUUAUA